ACAAUAUGGAAGCAAAUAUCCUGCUAGUGUGCUAGGUUCUGAAAAGACAAUAGAGCCAUAUAAAAGAUGUGAGAAUGUACUUUCGUCGUCAUUAGAAAACGCCAGCUUUAAAAGUUUGGGGAGAUUCUUUUUAAAUUUUGUUUCGUUGCUGAGAAUUAUUCAUGUUUUCUAAACCAGAGACGAAAAACUGGAAAUUGAGAAACUCGAAACAGACGAGAGAAAAAACAGGACAAAGAACAAUGUCAGACAGACAACAAGCGAACAAGCAGGAAAUUAUAGUUCAUUUUACUUUCGAGAGUGGUCCCAUGUUGGAAUUCAAACGGGAACUACGUGGGUUAUGGGAAAAAGUACUACAUAUACAACGGUUCUUGUAUGAAUACUGGUCGACUGCAGAUAGAAACACGAAGCAACAAGUCUUUACAUCCGCUCCUCGUCAAGAAAAAGUCAUCUGAACUGAACUGAACUGAAAUUUAUUUCAUCAAAUACAUGCAUCAAGAGAGAUGUUAAACAAUCUAUUGGUUAUUUAGGAUUAAAAUGUCCGUAAGUCACCUGAUGAGCCCCUUAAGCAAGGACCGGUCAUGGUAUUGCUUCGAUUCUUAUUCUUCUCUAAAGUUUAUUUCAUAAUUCUUACGCCUGUUUUUAUGCGUACACCUUCAAAAUUUCUCUUUUUGUAUAAUCAUUAUCCAACAGUCAGAACGGACGAAAGAAACAAACAAAAAAUGAGCUGUUGGUUUUUUUCGUUCCUUAUCUAUAAGUUAAAAAAGACUUUUUAUUCAAAGUAAGAAGAUAUAAUUCUUCGUUUAUUAAGUUUGCCCUCUUGUCAUUAUCAGAACAAGAGAAAGUCACAUUCUUUACGUUCAAAUUAGGACUGUAAAAGAUGCCGUUACGUUGAUUUAAUGCUAACUGGAAGUACAGUUACCGUUAAAAUAACGGUAACCAACUUAUCAGUUAGUGUUAAACCAACAGUAACACUAAUAGCUCAAGAUGUCUAUUUCGGACACUUGCUAUGAGACUCAGGCACAGCCAUAGACUCGUUCAUAUGGUACAUCUCGAGAACAGUCGCUGAAUCAGGAUAAGACCACACUGAGAAAGGAUAUUUUUUCCACUAGCGAAAAACACGAUCAUGGAAAGUACGUUCACCAGAAAUCGAAAAAAAGAAGUCGAAGUCCAGAAAAUAACAACCGUAAACUGAAGCUGAGCAAAAAAGUCUUGAACCAUUUUUUGCAGCUACUAAGUUAUUAUCUGGUCACCACUGUCCCACUUUAUCAUUAGCUUAUAUUGUUCUCUGAUCCUUGAAACAUUUCUUAACGGCAACUACGACGAAUGACACUUUAGAAGAUCAAAUAAAAAAUUCAGUUUUAGAACAAUUUGAGUAUUAUUUUGAACAAAAUAUAAAUCCACACCAAUCAGAAGCAGUAUUGGUAAGCAAAAUAUUUUUUAGAGAUAUCUCUCACUCUGCGUACCAACAAAAUCCUUAUACAUUAUGCUUUAAAAGAGCAAUACUGGGCUUUGACGGACAUAUUCUUAGCUUACUGCGUUUCCGUAAUGACACGUUUGAAACUAUCCUUCAGUUUUGUCAAUAGAUCGUUUAAUAAAUUUAGUCGUUAUAUUGAUGCUCUGCACUCAUAGAAGGUACACCGACUUUUCCGCGAAUUCACCCUAUCGCGAAUGAAGUUCUUCUCACACUCACUCUCAAGCUGCUUACUGCCACCACAUUACAGUUCGCGGAAAAGCCGCUUCGCCGGAAAGCCCAUUCACGGCAGAGUCGUGUCACGCUCACAGGACUUCAACUUAAUGCGGUAGUAAAGAGAUCCACGUUCCAGUCAAAUAUUUCUGCUGCACUAAUUAAUGUAUGGCGAAAACUAACAUAAUGCAUAAUUUUUUAAUUUCUCCUCAAAUAGAUAUCAGCAUAUUUGGAUCCAAGGACCCAUGCGAGUCUAACAACAGAAGACAAAGUGCAUGCGAAAGAUCUGGUUAUAGAACAAGGAAAACAAACGAACUUACCAUCAACAAAUCCUGAUCAUUCAACACAAGCUUCAUCAAGUACAACAACAUCGAAAGGUGACAAAGAUAGUAAAUUAUAUUCAUUCCUAAAAAUGACUGGUAUGUCAACGAUAUUCACUGGCUUUGGUAAGUCAAAUUCGUCAGCAUUACAAUCAACAACCCCACAAGAUAAACUGGAGAAAUUUGUUAAAUUUCCUAAAGUGGGUCGUGAUUCAACAUCGUUUUGA